AUGAGGAUGGCUUACGACGACGCUACCGACAUCUCGGAACGGCGAGACGACGAAGAGCAGCCUUUCCUGCACCACCACAAGGGAUCGCCAUACCCGACUGAGCCUUUUCUGGGCAUGAAGCAAGGCCGAGACUGCUGGUGGAGCGUUUCCGGCCUUCGAAGUGGCAUACUGAGACUGAGUGAUAUGCUCGCCUCGCCUUUGUUGACACAUGGUCUCGUCUUUGUCAUGGCCUUCCUAUUUUCGCUAGCGGCGACAUACUUCGUCAUGUUCAAAGCGACGGCACCAUGUUCUACGGAUCUGGCCUCUGGACAUACGCAUCACAACGCCGAGCGUCCUCCCUCAAUUCGACCGCAAUGGCCGACCCCUCCAAUGCACGGCAAUUUCUCGCUGAAGGCAAAACUUACAACUUGCGGACACUCGACGCCAGAGGCGAAGGAGCUUGGUUGUCGAUACGAUAUCCUCAGCAACCACUGGAUUCCUGGCGCUUGCAUGGACGAGGAAGCGGUCGUGGAGUAUCAGGCUGACAAUUCCUGGUAUGGCUUCGCUGAUCCAGCACAUACCAAGCUCUUGACUAUCGAGGAGAUGAGCGAGCAGGACUUCUAUUACACGAACGAGCGUGACCACAUCGUUCACUGUGCCAUGCUAUGGCGCAAGCAAUUCCGCGCAUUCUACGAAGAGCGGCCAAAUAUCGAUGCGCUGAUCGCCAACGUGGAGCACACAUGCACUGUUCUCAAUUUCUCAUCGAUAUGUCAGAAAGAGGGCCAGACUAUCGGAGCAUGCCAAUCAAGACGUUCGUGGGAUACGCGGGCUGCUGGAUGA